AAACAGCCUGGAUAACGCAGAACGUGUAUUACAGGAGUCACUUGACAUUCAUCCACUCCUGCGAUUGUUGAGACGUUUCCACAAAGUAGAAAAAUCAGUGUAGCCAGUAGAGCUGUUUUCCAUAGAUACCUCACUGGUUCUAGUUUCCUGAGUUAUAGCAAACAUCAUAAGGACUUCCAAUGCCAUGCUGGCAAUAAUAUUCCUGACGAUAACUGGACGGUGCCAAAAACACUAACACAUGGCAGGUGGUUCCAGUUCUAACGGAGAUUCUUCUCCAAGUCGAGUAUGUAGAGAUUUUCUGCGCAACGUUUGCCACAGAGGGAAGCGAUGUAAAUAUCUUCAUGAAAGAUCAGAAGAUGACCCUGCAGAUGAAUAUACUUUUUGUCACGACUUUCAAAAUGGGAUUUGCAAUUGGCCCGGAUGCCGAUUUUUGCACUGCACCGAAAGUGAAGAAAAACACUUCAGAGCAACUGGCGAGUUACCACCGCGUAUUUUAUCGAAUUUGAAAUGUAACAAUGACAAAUCCGAACUACCGUUGUGCAAGGAUUUCAUCAAAGGCAGCUGUCAAAGAGUCAAUUGUAAGUACAGGCACUACAAGAAGGAAGAACCACAGCAUCCCAUGGUCCCUCCGCCCCAUCAUACCGUUACAAGACCUCAGCAUAAUUUUAACGGCGUCAGUAAUGGCGAAAAUCGAAGAUAUGAAGAAGAAAGAAGCUACCACUGGCAAAUGGAGGACCCGCAUCCACUAGUCCACAAUAAUGGCUACAAUCCUUCAACGCAUCAACCUGAUUAUUUGGGGCCUCCUGAGGCAAAACGACGUAUUGUGUCUGGAGAAACCAUCUUACAUUUCGAAACACCACCUCUGGUAGGACAGCAUCCAGCCCAGCCUGUAACUUCCAGCUAUUACUAUCCUGUAAUCCCCAGAAAUGAAGCUAGAGCCUUUAAUCUAGAAGAUGAAAAUGCAUUGCUGAAAAAAAAGAUCGAGGAGCUAAAAAAGCAGGUCAACGAUUUAACAGCGACAAAUGAAUUCCUACUAGACCAAAAUGCACAACUAAGAAUAUCUGGUAAAAGGACUACUAAUGUAACUGCGGUAACAGUACCAGCAGUUACGAUAACAAACACCGUACCUCCAUCUCAAGCUCCAACACCUCAACAGAUGGUUAAUGCUGCUGUAGCAGCUGGAACACUGCGAACUGUUACAGCUAGCGUUGCAACUGUUCCUGUGAGCAUAGCAACAGUAACGCCUGUAUCAAUUGCUGCUGUUUCCAUGGCACCGGUAUCUAUUCCUCCACCAAUUGUCACGAUGGCUCAACAAACAAUUAGUAUGAGUGGAUCAGGUCCUCAGCCCACUAACCAACAAGCACCGAACGCUCAGCAACCGACAAACUUACCACUGUCAAUAUCUGGUCCAACCGCACCACUUGUUUCCUAUCCAAUUAUGACACAAGAACUCAGACCUGUCUUACAAUAAAAGAUUAUUUUUUUAUUGAAGU